GUCCUCAGGUCAAUCGAAAUAAGAAAUUGGGUUGCGUCAUACAUACAUAACAUGAUACAAUAUCACUUGAAAGAAAAGCCUUUUUGACAAUAAAGGCUACAAAAUGAGUAUUUUGUAUUACAAAAAAUUUUGUAAUACAAAAGUGAUUCUUUACGUUCGACACCCAGGUCGAGUAGACCUCGUUCUUGUAAGAGCUAUUAACCAAUAAAUCAUAGGGAGGGACUUAUUUAUGUCACCAAAAAUAGAGACUAAAGCAAGUGUCGGAUUCAAAGCUGGUGUUAAAGAUUACAGAUUAACUUAUUAUACUCUGGAAUAUCAGACCAAAGAUACUGAUAUCUUAGCAGCAUUCCGAGUCACUCCUCAACCUAGAGUACCCCCUGAAGAAGCAGGAGCAGCAGUAGCCGCCGAAUCUUCCACUGGUACGUGGAUGACUGUUUGGACCGAUGGACUUACCAGUCUUGAUCGUUACAAGGGGCGAUGCUAUGAUAUUGAACCCGUUCCUGGAGAGGAAAGUCAAUUUAUUGCCUAUGUGGCUUACCCUUUAGAUCUUUUUGAAGAAGGUUCUGUUACUAACCUAUUCACUUCUAUUGUAGGUAAUGUAUUUGGAUUCAAAGCCUUACGGGCUCUACGUCUGGAAGAUUUACGAAUUCCUCCUGCUUAUUCAAAAACUUUCCAAGGCCCACCACAUGGUAUUCAAGUAGAAAGAGAUAAAUUAAACAAAUAUGGUCAUUCUUUGUUAGGAUGUACUAUAAAACCAAAAUUGGGUCUAUCUGCCAAGAAUUAUGGUAGAGCGGUUUAUGAAUGUCUCCGUGGUGGACUUGAUUUUACCAAGGAUGAUGAAAACAUGAAUUCCCAACCAUUUAUGCGCUGGAGAGAUCGUUUCUGCUUUUGUGCAGAAGCAAUUUAUAAAGCUCAGGCUGAGAUGGGUGAGAUUAAGGGACAUUACCUGAAUGCUACUGCAAGUACAUGUGAAGAAAUGAUGAAAAGAGCAGUAUUCGCCAGAGAAUUGGGAGUUCCUAUAGUCAUGCAUGACUAUCUGACUGGAGGUUUUACGGAAAAUACUUCGUUGGCUCAUUAUUGCCGAGAUAACGGCCUACUUCUUCACAUUCACCGCGUAAUGCAUGUAGUUAUUGAUAGACAAAGAAAUCAUGGUAUGCACUUCCGUGUACUGGCUAAAGCACUACGUAUGUCUGGUGGAGAUCAUAUUCACGCUGGUACUGUAGUAGGUAAACUUGAAGGAGAACGGGAAGUGACUUUGGGUUUUGUUGAUCUAUUACGUGAUGAUUUUAUUGAAAAAGACCGAAGUCAUGGUAUUUAUUUCACUCAAGAUUGGGUCUCUAUGCCGGGUGUUCUGCUUGUAGCUUCAGGAGGUAUUCACAUUUGGCAUAUGCCUGCUCUGACCGAGAUCUUUGGGGAUGAUUCCAUAUUACAGUUCGGUGGAGGGACUUUGGGGCACCCUUGGGGAAAUGCACCUGGUACAGUGGCUAAUCGGGUCGCUUUAGAAGCUUGUGUACAAGCUCGUAAUGAAGGACAUGAUCUUGCGCGUGAAGGUAAUGAAGUGAUCCGCGAAGCUACUAAAUGGAGCCCUGAACUAGCUGCCGCUUGUGAAGUAUGGAAAGAAAUCAAAUUUGAAUUUAAUAUGAUUGAUCGCUUGUAA